GCUGCACUGACUGCAGUAGGAGCAGCAGAUCAGUGCUUGAAGGCUGAUCGAGCUGACUGGUACCGAGGCACAGAGCAGCUUGUCCUUGGAGCCAUGAGUGCCGUCGGGUUUGACCCUUACUUCUCGUCCUCUUACAAGCGCUGGUAUGUGGAGAGCAGCCCUCGGGUCUCUCAGCGUGGCCGCUCUCGCACCACGUUCUCUGCCCACCCACCAUCUCUCUCCUCAAGCCGCCUCCACUAUGCCUCCCCCGGCCGGACGUCUACCGGACUGCUGCUGAGCAGCCCCGGUCGCUCCGUGGAUAUUGACAUCAGCCAUGCCGCCCAGGUAAGCUCUGAAUUUCGGGCUGUGCGAACUCAGGAGAAGGCCCAACUUCAAGAUCUCAAUGACCGCUUUGCUGGUUACAUCGAGCGAGUUCAUGAACUAGAGCAGCAGAACCGUGCCCUACAGGCCGAGUUGCUCCUGCUGAGGCAAAGGCAUGUAGAACCGUCCCGCCUGAGAAGCCUGUAUGAGCAGGAGAUCCGUACCCUGAGAGCCGCCGUCGAGGAGGCCCGCAUGGAGAGGCAGGCCGCUUUGAGCCACCGGGAGAGCAUGGAAGAUGCCUUGCGGAGCCUGCAGGCCAGCUAUGAGGAGGAGGUUGUCGCCCGCGAGGACUCUGAGGGCAGGCUUCUGGAGGCCCGAAAGGAGGCCGACGAUGGUGCACUGGCUCAAGUGGAGCUGGAGAAGAAGGUGGAUACCUUGCUGAAUGAGCUGGCUUUCCUGAAGAAAGUCCACGAGGGUGAGAUAUCAGAGCUGCAGGCCCAAAUUCAAUAUGGAGCUCAGAUCGCUGUUGAAGCGGAGGCCGCCAAGCCUGAUCUGUCCAGCGCCUUACGUGACAUCAGAGCUCAAUAUGAGAAGUUGGCUGCUAAGAACAUCCAGUCAGCUGAAGAAUGGUUCAGAGGAAAGAUGGGUCACCUGACGGAAAGUGUAGCCCAUCACACUGACGCAGUGAGGAACUCCAAGGAUGAAGCGGGAGAGUAUCGCCGUCAACUCCAGGCUUGUGUUCUUGAGAUUGAUGCCUGCAAGGGCCUGAAUGAGUCCCUGGAGAAGCAGCUGAGGGAGGUGGAGGACAAGCAGAGUGCUGAGGUUGCAGCCAUGCAGGAUACAAUCAGUGACCUUGAGGAUGAACUUCGAGCCACUAAGGGCGAAAUGGCAAGAUACCUUAAAGAGUAUCAGGAUCUCCUCAAUGUCAAGAUGGCCCUUGAUAUUGAAAUAGCUGCUUAUAGGAAGUUGCUUGAGGGGGAGGAGUCUCGUUUCAGUGUGGGUGUUGGAGGUUUGGUUGGCGCUUACUCUGUUGGACCGGUCUACUCCCGUCCCAUGUUCUCCCUGUCCAGCAUGAGCUCUGGCACCCCCUACCUGCUCAGCUCUCGUCUGGUCAGUUCGUCCUUCUCAGCAGAUGAGGCCAUCACAUCCAGUCAAGCUCAAGAAGCUGCUGCCAGUCCAACACAGGAAGAAGAAGAAGGUGAAGAGGAGGAGGAAGCAAAGGAAGAAGAAGAGGAAGAAACGCAAGAAGAGGAAGCUGAAGAAAAGGAAGAAGAGGGAAAGGAGGAUGAGGAAGAAAAGGAGGAAGAAGAAGAAGAAACAAAGGAGGAAGAGGAAGGUGCCGAAGAGGAAGCUGGAGCAGAAGAAGAAGAAAAAGGAGAUGAAGAAGAGACUCAAGAAAAGGAAGAUGUUAAAGGGGAAGAUGAGGAAGGAGGAGAUGAAAAAGAGGAAGAAGAGGGUGAGGGUGAACAGAAAGAGGGAGAAGAGGAAGAGGAGGGAGAGAAAGCUGAGGAGGAGGAAGUGGCCGCAGAGGAGGAAACUGAGGCUGAGAAAAGUGAAGAGAAAGCUGACACAAGUGCUGAUCAAGCCAAAGAGGACACUGAGACAGACAAGGAGGACACCAAAGCAGAAAAAGACAAGGUAGAGAAGGAAAAGGUUGAACCCAAAGCUGAAAAAGCCAAAGAGGAAGUAAAACCCGAACCAGCCAAGGAGAAAGCCAAGGAGAAAACCGAACCAGAGUCAAAGGAUAAAGUCAAGGAAGAGCCAGAAAAACCCAAGGCAAAGGAAAAGGCUGAGCCAGAAAAGCCCAAGGGAAAAGAUGAAGGCGAAAAAGCCAAGAGUGAGAAAAAGGAAAGUGUGAAGCGAAAGGGAAAAGAGGAGGCAGAGAAACCUAAAGGAAAGAAGUAAGGAGGAUCUAUAACAGCACAAAUAUUAGUACCCGCUUCUUUAGUCAACCUUCAGUCUGUUACAAGCAGUAUGUCUCGACUUAUGGUGCUCACAGUGAAUUGCAAUACAAAGUUUGAAACUACAGUCAACUUUAUCUGCUUUUAAAACAAUUGAUGAUUGUCUGAUGCUGUUGAGAUGCUGAUCUACACACCCCAGUGAAUGUAUUCUUGUGAAGUAGAUUCUAUUUUUGAAUGAGGCAUCAGUUCUGCAAUAAGUGAAUGUCAGUGCAAUAAAAACAGGCUUCUUGAUGACUGAAAA